ACACACAACGAGACCCCCACCCGACCCGCAGCAGGAGAGGAAACACCAAUUUCCAGGGGUCUCAUCCAGGAGAUGCGCGCGCAAAACCGGUGAUUCCUCCCUCCUCCUCCUCCUCAUUAUCCUCCUCAUCAUCAUCAUCCUCAUCUCUCACCGGGAGCGUCCAGACGCCAAGCCGACGGCAGGCAGGGAGAGACGCGGAGGAGGGCAAAGGAAGGCAUUGGCAAUUAUCAACCGUGGUCACGAUGCGCGGAUCUCCCCGCCACGGGACGCGCGCGGGGUGGACGCUCCUGCUGCUGCUGCUGCUGCUGCCGACGAUGCUGCUGGCGUCGCAGGCUGCGGAGAGGCAGCGGUCCACGGAGCACGUCGUGGUCCAGCUGAGCGAGGAGGCGCCGGAGGAGGAGGCGCGCCAACUUGCAGCACAGCACGGCUACCAGAGUGCACGCAAGGUCGCCUUUGGAAAGGGGCUCUACCACCUUUACCCCCAGGACUCCGCCAAGAGACGGAGCAAACGCAGCGCUCGCGGCAGACAGCGGCUCCAAAAAGACAGCAGGGUGAAGAGCAUUCUGGAGCAGGAGGGUUUCGACCGUCAGAAGCGAGGCUACAGAAGUUUAAACGACAUGGACGUCAACAUCAGCGACCCGCUGUUCACCAAACAGUGGUAUCUGAUAAACACGGGCCAGGCGGACGGCACGCCCGGGCUGGAUCUUAAUGUGGCUGAAGCGUGGCAACUGGGCUACACCGGUCAUGGGGUCACCAUUGCCAUAAUGGAUGAUGGCAUCGACUAUCUGCAUCCAGACCUGGCAUCAAAUUACAAUGCAGAAGCCAGUUAUGACUUCAGCAGCAAUGACCCGUACCCUUUUCCACGCUACACGGACGACUGGUUUAACAGUCACGGCACAAGAUGUGCCGGGGAAGUGUCGGCGGCGGCCAACAACAACAUUUGCGGUGUGGGUGUGGCCUACAACUCCAAAGUGGCAGGUAUUAGGAUGUUGGACCAGCCAUUUAUGACCGACAUCAUAGAAGCAUCAUCCAUCAGCCACAUGCCUCAGGUCAUUGACAUCUACAGCGCCAGCUGGGGACCGACCGAUGACGGCAAGACCGUGGAUGGCCCCAGAGAGUUAACCCUUCAGGCCAUGGCUGAUGGCGUCAACAAGGGCCGAGGAGGGAAAGGCAGCAUCUACGUGUGGGCAUCGGGAGACGGCGGUAGCUACGACGACUGCAACUGUGACGGUUACGCCUCCAGCAUGUGGACCAUUUCCAUCAACUCCGCCAUCAACGACGGACGCACGGCGCUCUAUGACGAGAGCUGCUCCUCCACUCUGGCCUCCACCUUCAGCAACGGACGCAAAAGGAACCCGGAGGCUGGCGUGGCCACCACAGACCUUUAUGGAAACUGCACACUGCGUCACUCUGGAACGUCAGCAGCAGCUCCAGAGGCAGCUGGAGUCUUCGCUCUGGCCCUUGAGGCAAACCCGGACCUAACAUGGAGAGACAUGCAGCACCUGUCGGUGCUGACUUCCAAGAGGAACCAGCUCCACGACGAGGUCCACCAGUGGAGGAGGAACGGCGUGGGCCUGGAGUUCAACCACCUGUUCGGCUACGGCGUGCUGGAUGCGGGCGGCAUGGUGAAAAUGGCCAAAGAUUGGAAGACGGUGCCCGAGCGUUUCCACUGCGUGGCCGGAUCCAUCCAGGAGAACCAUAAAAUCCAGUCGGGCAACAAGCUGGUCCUGGCCAUCGCCACCGACGCCUGCCAGGGCAAGGACAACUUUGUCCGCUACCUGGAACACGUCCAGGCGGUCAUCACCGUCAACGCCAGCCGCCGGGGCGACCUCAACAUCAACAUGACCUCGCCCAUGGGCACCAAGUCCAUCCUCCUCAGCCGGAGGCCCCGCGACGACGACUCCAAAGUGGGCUUCGACAAGUGGCCCUUCAUGACCACCCACACCUGGGGCGAGGACCCGCGCGGGACCUGGGUGCUGGAGGUGGGCUUCCGAGGCGAGGAGCUCCAGCGAGGCGUCCUCAAGGAGUGGACCGUCAUGCUGCACGGAACACAAAGUGCCCCAUACAUAGACCAGAAGGUGCGCGACUACCAGUCCAAGCUGGCCAUGUCGAAGAAGGAGGAGCUGGAGGAGGAGCUGGACGAGGCCGUGGAGAGGAGCUUGAACAGCUUGCUGAGUAAAAGCAACUAAAAUUCUCGCCUGCAUGACCCUAACUCGCUUCUCAUCCUUCCUAUCGCUACUUCUACCUCUCUCGCCCUCCUCACCCUGCUUUUUCUACAUUUCAGUUCCGACCUCCAAUGAAUGUUCAGUGUUAUCAAUGACAGUAUACCCUUCAGUAAUCGGAGAAACAUCAUUUUUACACUCGGACAUACAGUCGUGGUCAAAAGUUUACAUACACUUGUGAAGGACAUUGUUAUGGUUACUGAGGGGAGGUGACGGCAAGAGACACCAGGGGGCUUAUAUAGCUCUAAGUAUUUAUUAUAUAUAGCCACUAUAUAUAAUAAUCCAUCCAUCCAUCCAUCUUCUUCCGCUUAUUCGAGGUC